CAUUCUCGAGUACCAGCAGACAGAUCGAAAGUCCUUCAGAAAUACAUCUCUGAAAGAAAAUAUUUUCAACAAGACUGUGUGCUCAGGUAUUUCCUUGUCAUCAAUGAUCCUGCUCAACUGCUCCUCACCAGAGUCCUUGUACGUAACAGUGAACGCAUCAUGGUGCCCCAAAGAGGAAGAGUGUCUCAGCGCAGAGGACCUGGUAGACCUUUGCCUGAGCCGCAGUGCUUACCUGGAGAAAUACCUGGGCCCUUGCCGUUCACGUCUCUUUCUGCCUGUGUGCAUCACCUACCUGCUCAUCUUUGUAGUUGGAGUGCUGGGCAACAGCUUGACUUGCAUUGUCAUCGCCCGUCACCCCGUAAUGCGCACAACAACAAACUUCUAUCUGUUCAGCUUGGCCAUUUCUGACCUCCUUGUGCUCCUGCUCGGUCUUCCAUAUGAGCUGUAUGAACUCUGGAGCAACUAUCCAUUCAUGUUUGGUGUUGCAGGUUGCUAUUUCAAGACCUACUUGUUCGAGACUGUCUGCUUUGCUUCUGUGCUCAACGUGACCGCGUUGAGUGCAGAGCGCUACAGGGCAGUCAUGCAUCCCCUUCAUGCUAAACAUGUAGCGACAAAUGCUCAUGCUAAGCGUCUGAUAAUUGCAUUAUGGGCCAUCUCUCUGUUAUGUGCAUUGCCCAAUACCAGUCUGCAUGGAGUAGCAACGUUGCAACCCUAUUUUGGACUCACCUUCCCCGAAUCGGCGGUCUGCACCCUGGUACAUGAUACUUGGAUCUACAACCUAUUGGUGCAGGUGACGGCAAUGCUGUUCUUCAUACUUCCAAUGCUAACCAUCAGUGUGCUAUAUGUGCUGAUCGGCCUGCAGUUGCAUCGGGGAGGGAUGUGUUUUGAUUUAAAGACUGGAAUAAAUCAUGACAGGCUGCAUCAGAGGAAGCGUCAUCGGCAAGUCAAUAAAAUGCUCUGUGCAUUAGUGAUUGUGUUUGGAAUCUGCUGGGUGCCUUUUCACACUGAUCGUGUCAUGUGGAGCUACAUUAAGAAUUGGACUGUGGAACAGCACCAUGUCUAUGAGUAUGUGCAUCUUCUCUCUGGUGUCUUCUUCUACUUGGGAUCAGUGGUCAAUCCCAUCCUAUAUAACCUCAUGUCUUCCCGCUUCAGAGAGAUGUUCCGUGAGGUGAUGUUUCAGAAAGACCACCGUCAGCUAUCCAUCAGUAAAGUCACAUUACGCAGUGUUGUCUCUGCCUCGCUCUCUGCCUCUCAUUCAGUCUCAUUUUCUGUCAAAUUCAAUGCACGUGGGUUGCCACAAUCUCUUUAAAAACUCAGUUAUUGUAUCCCAAUGCCAGAGAUGUGAAAUUGUAUUUGUCAAAUGUACAACUACAUACAGUAGAAGGCACUAGACAGCAUGUUUUUCUACAAGCUUCCGUUUAAAGUAUGCACUUGUGCUGUAUAUGAGAUAAUAAAAUAGCAGGUUUAGUCUGUGUGAAUUAUAUUGCUGAAUUUGAACAACCAUUUUAAAGUUAUUAUGUAUUUAAUUGAGUGGUUCUGUUGCAAUAAGCAUUGACUAGAAGUUUUACCUAGACCCUUCUAAACUGUUUCCCAGAUGGUAAAAGGGAAAACAGGUAAUGACUGGGCUGACUGGGGUCUUUUAGAGUGGACUUGGCCUUUCUUAGACAUCAGUCUGAAUAAAUAUCCCGGCUCAUGGCCAGUUAUCGUCGGCACCUUCAAGUCCUUGCAUUCUCAC